AUGUACAAUACAUCGCUACUGGUGUUUUUCGUUGUCAUCCUUGGCACCACAUGGGCCCACAAGAUAGAAGAACGGGUAGAGAUUGUCAUCGGGUCAAGACACUCACAAGCUGAAAACAAUCCUCAACCGACACAGGCACCUAAUGGAAACAACCCAUCUACGGUUGUUGAAUAUAUUCUCGGAUCCGUGACCAAUCAAACACGCAACAGAUAUGCAUUGUUCGGGAAGGUCAAAGAAAUAGAUAUAUUAGUGCCUUAUACAUAUGAUCCAAGAAAUGGUGCACCACAAAAUAUUGAAGGAAUAAUUAACGGGCCAAGUAGUAGUGCGAAUAUUAUGAGUCAAGUUAGGCAUCAAGUGAUACAACAAACAAUAAACUUUUUGACUAAAUCAUGCCAAGACUUUAAGAUAGAGCUGUAUGAGCUGAUUAAGAAAGGUAAAAAUGUUCGAACUAUAGCAGAUAUCAAUAUGCAAGUUAUGUCGAUUGAAAGUUCCCUUCAAAAUGAACAAUAUCUUCUAGAUGACUUUAAUAAUAUCAAGCCAUCGACUCCGCCAAAAGUUGAUUAUUUUGAUAGGGACUUAUUGGAUAUACAUAAGCAAAUUCAGGAAUUAAAAAAUAAAUCACUGUUAGCUACGGCCUUGUAA